UAACUGAUGCCAGUCCGCUGUAAGCAGAUAGCGACAUCUCGUUUCUCUUUCAGUUGUCAUUUGAGUGAAGAUCUGCGCAUUGACUCAACGCUGAACGCCCGAGAAGUCCACGCUGACACCACUAUGGCCACGCCCAUCGCGGUGACUCGUCCAAUGGCGUGGAUUCAAUCGCAGAACUGACCGACAGCUCAAGCUGUUCGUUAAAACCGGGGAACGGCGGCGUCCCUGAUCAUUCAUAACGGCAAGAGCGAGACGACAAAUCCAACAGGAAGCGGAAUUAAAGCAACGUUCAUUCGUAGGGACUAGAAGUUGAGUUUGGAUUUUGCAUUCUCUUCUCAGCGCCUUUGUGUUCCCACUGGUAUCACUGUACGCUCCACUAAUAAAACACAGUGGCGGCAAUACUCAGAUCUGUAUCAGAGAGUGAGUUUCUGAUCCAUUCUGCGUCCCAUUCCCAAUGAACCCAACGCACUUGGAGACGGGCAGCAGGCUAAGCAUGGGAUUACUUUUGUGAUGUGGAUUGUAGUAGCCUUGGAAGAAAAUUUUAGUUUACUUUUCAACAAUGUGAGAGGACCUGCGUCCUGGAUUCUCAUAUUUCUGGAUAUUCUGAAAAUAAUCGGCAACAGCUGAGAGACGCUCUAACACACUUGCCGUGGAUCUCAAUCUCUCUCUCUCAGGUGUCUGCAUGCGUGUUAUGGGACCAACAUGGGAUUCUCGUUGCCCCUAUAAGUCGGACCCCUUGUGAAGAAGCCUUUACUCAUGUCUAACUUGCUCUCCGAGACCUUUACCAAUGCGUUUGCUAAAGUCCGCCUAUCAUCGGAUAGGGUUUUUAAAAGAUUUAUUCGCCUUAUAAAUUUAAUCAUGAACUUUGCCGUUCGCGUGCUCCAGUUAUUUCUUGUGACGCUUCUGUAUUUUUCAGCUGUCAAGAGUGCCUACAUACCCAGGGAGGGAGGCAGAAGCACAUAUGAUGUGGUGCCAUUCAUGGAAGUGUAUAACAAGUCUCUCUGCCGUCCUCGGGAAGUGCUGGUGGAAAUUCAGCAGGAAUACCCUGAUGACAUAGAGCAUAUCUUCAUCCCGUCCUGUGUGGUUCUCACCCGCUGUGCUGGGUGCUGCAAUGAUGAGAUGAUGGAAUGCACCCCUACCGUCACAUACAACAUUACCUUGGAGAUUAAAAGACUGAAACCGCUCCGUCAUCAGGGUGAAUUUUUCAUGAGUUUUGCAGAACACAGUGAAUGCCAGUGUCGGCUGAGGAAAGAUGUUCUGGAGAAAAAAGAAAAAAAACCCCGGAAGGGCAAAGGCCAAAAGCGAAAGAGAAAGAAAAACCGUGAAAAAAAGCGGGAUUUUAGUCAGUGUGAGCCUUGCUGUUCUCCAUGCUCUGAAAGGAAAAGAAGGUUGUUUGUUCAAGACCCCGAGACGUGUCAGUGCUCCUGUAAACACUCUGAAGCCGACUGCAGGUCUAGACAACUAGAACUCAACGAAAGGACCUGCAGAUGUGACAAACCAAGGAGGUGAACCGAACCGACUUGAGAAUGGACUCUGACAUGAAGGAAUAUUUCACAAUAAUUCACAGCACUUUGAACUUUCAGCUUUGAACUUUGGUCUCAUUUUUCCGUCCUGGAGAUAUUGAGCGAAUGAAGUGAAGGGGUUUGGGGGAGGUGGGGGGCUAAUAGUCAAUGAAAUGUUCUCUCUGUAUAUUUUCAUGAUAUUCGUGUGUGUUAAGCGAAGUGAGAGACUGAAAGCACAGGAUUUGAUUUGCUGCUAAAUGGUCUUCGGAAAAGACCUGCGUAAUAGUUUCUGAUCUCGGCUGGCGUGCGUGAAGUCGUACUCGAAAUCACUCAACGAAACACAUCACUGGAUUUGGGUCUGCUGUGCAGUUUUUCAUGUGAAUCUAAAGCGCAAAUGAAAUGUUUGGAGGACUGCAACAAUUCGCCAGCGUCCACUACGCCCUGUGGAAUCAUUCCUCCCAGUACGUGAACACUGAGAACAAUGCGUGUGUUUUUAGAGAUGGACAAAUGACUGGAGUUUUGACGGAAGUUUUGAACUGAUUCUGUCAUUGGAAAGUUGCCAUGGAAACCCACUGGCUGCUGUGGUAAAUGUUUGCACCAGAGCUCUGACCUUGACAAGGCAAACCUAAGAGGAUUUUGGUCAUAUUCACUCCUUAAAGGGAUAUUCAUUCUUUGACAUGUUUGGAAACCACUUUGUGUAGAUCGUGUGAUUAGAUUCCAUGCUUCCACACUACUGGGGAUUUAAGAUGACGAUUUUGUGCUAGGUCUUUCGUUGUCGUUCAGCUAGUCUUGGAAUUUUAGUCCAAAUCUGUUCCCCUAAGCAAUUCAGUAAUUUAUGAUUUUUUAGAAUAUUUUCAGUAUUCUAUCUCUUUGUAUUUAAUUUGACCUAUUUAUGUGCAGUGUUAUGUUAAGAUGGAUCUUCUCGCCCUUUAUUGUCUGCAAACCUCCACGGCUGUCCGGAGGGAAAAAAAGCUUUUCAUCCUGUUUUAUUUUCCGUAGAUGAACAGAGAAACAUUCCUAAUACUGAUCAGUGAGUUGUGUUGCCAACUGCCUUGACUUUGCCGCCUUGCUGCAGAUGUGUGUGUGCCGUGUGAUCUCUAACAAACAAACCGUGUAAAUGUGAUUUCGUGUAUGUAUGUUUGAGCGCGUGCAUGUGUAUGUUUUGGCGAAACAGUCCUGAUGUCAGUGUGACAUACGUAUUGAAUAACAAUAUAGCAGCCAAAUGUAAAUAUAGGCCAAACCCACAUCGCCAUUUACUUCUACUAUAAGAUCUAACAAGCUGACAGUAUGAUCAGAUGUGGUCUGACUUGAUUGGAGUUUUACAUUAUUUAUUUACUCUAUGUAAAUAUGUUGAAUAUUAACAUCUUUUUUGUGUCUGUGUAAUGUAGUACAGCAUAUUUAUUUUCAAAUUAUAUUGCUCUUUUUCUAUAAAAUUUUGUUUGAAAACUC